UCCGCCGACGCGGUUGCCAAGGCAACUGGGAGGUGCCGGCGCGAGCGGGAAGGAGGCGGCAGUCGAAUUUUUGCGUGCGGGCUGGCGAGACUUGAGGAGUGGCCCUUCCUGAGCUUUCAGCCCAGCGGAGCGCGGCCUCCGCUGCAUUCGGUACCCCUGCCCCCGCGGGGCCAUGGGCCGGAUCUCGGGGCUUGUGCCCUCUCGCUUCCUGACGCUCCUGGCGCAUCUGGUGGUCGUCAUCACCUUGUUCUGGUCCCGGGACAGCAACAUCCAGGCCUGCCUGCCUCUCACGUUCACCCCGGAGGAGUACGAGAAGCAGGACAUUCAGCUGGUGGUAGCGCUCUCAGUCACCCUUGGCCUCUUUGCAGUGGAGCUGGCGGGUUUCUUCUCGGGAGUUUCCAUGUUCAACAGCACCCAGAGCCUCAUCUCCAUUGGGGCUCACUGUAGUGCGUCCGUGGCCCUGUCCUUUUUCAUAUUCGAGCGUUGGGAGUGCACCACAUACUGGUACAUUUUUGUCUUCUGCAGUGCCCUCCCCGCUAUCACCGAAAUAGCAUUGUUCAUCAGCGUCUUUGGGCUGAAAAAGAAACCUUUCUGAUACGUUCAUGCCAGGAGCAUAGGAUUGAAGGUUGGAGGAGCAAGGGACAACUCACCAUUCCUGGAAGAAGAAAGGACAUCUUCAGCCCUCCACAGUAACACUGCAUUUGGUGGAGGAUGUCAUUUUUCUUGUUAGGGUAAUUAUCACUCGAGUCUGGGAUGAUCAGCGUUUUCUUCAGUGCUUUGUAAUAAAAUAUAUUUUAGAGUAAGAUCAAGACUUAAAAAAACGUUUAGGGGAGGAUUGGGGUAGCCAAACUACUAAGGAAACGCAGGACUAUUUUGCAGCCUUGCACUGUCAGCUCCUAGUUUCGCUUUUAUUUUGGUUAUUACGGUAGCGAAUAGCGGAAGGAAGUAGGCGGGGAUAUGUAAAUAACAAGUGCUCUCUGCUGUUAGGGUGCCAAGCUCCUGAGUGGAGCAUUCUGGGAGGGAUUCGUUUAUUAUUAUUAUUAUCAGGUUUUUUGCAGCCAAAUGUCGGGGGUGGGGGGAAUGUCUUUAGUAACUGCAAAUACAUCUAGCAGUAGAAAUGGGAGAGCCUAGAUAAUUUCAGGUUGCUUGGGUCCGCGCGUUAUUUACUCACCCUAAACGAAAGCGGCCUCCUUUGCCCUGAGUAAGGAAUGCGCAGAAAAGUUAUUUUAUCGUCAGGUAGGAUAAUCCUUACCUGUUCCUCCUUUGGGAGGGCAGAUCGGAAUAUGAUGAUUGGAGUUCGCAUGAUACGUGAUUAGCGUCUCUGCGUGGCCGGGACUUGCAACACCCUGGUCGCUCCUUUCUGAUUCUGCCUGGCGAUCGCGACUUUUA